AUGGCAAACUACGGAUACCAAGGAGCUUAUUCCACGACGAAUUAUGGUGCGCAGGCGGGCGCCCAAGAAGGAGGGGGUUUUAUGAGCGGAUCGCAGCAAGGGAGCCAGGAAAACAGCUCGAAGACAUAUGGACAGGAGAGUUUGAGACCAGUUACGAUUAAACAAAUCAUCGAUGCGCAACAACCUCACCCCGAAGCCGAAUUCAAAAUCGACGGAUCAGAUCUAACACAGAUUAGCUUCAUCGGCCAAAUAAACAGCGUCACCAAAAGAGCAACCAACAUCCUCUACAAACUCGACGAUGGCACUGGCCUCAUAGAAGUAAUGCAAUGGGUAAACAGCGAUGUAGAUCCCGACACGGUACAGCCCACCGCCAAGGAAGGCGAGUACCUCCGGAUCUUCGGCCGCCUUCGAUCCUUCAACAACAAGCGCAGCGUCACUGCCCAUAUGAUCCGGCCCAUUACGGACUUCAAUGAAGUUAGCUACCAUCUCCUCGAAGCGACGGCCAUACAUCUAUACUUUGUACGCGGCCCACCCGAUUCCAUAAAUGAUGGAGGGGUUAAAGCCGAUCCGGGCACUGGUAUGUUUGUGGAUAGUUAUGAUGGCGCAGCAAAUGGCGCGAUGGGAGCAUCAGCAAAGAAAUUGCCAGCGAAGAUGAGCGCUGGUGCCAAAACUGUGUUCGGUCUACUACAAUCGGCACCACAGAGUAAUGAGGGGCUACAUGUUCAUAGUAUUGCAGCGCAGCUGAGCAUGACCUCGAAUGAUGUGUUCAAGGCUGGCGACGAGUUGCUCGGUGAAGGACUUAUCUAUACGACUGUUGAUGAUGAAACGUGGGCUGUGUUAGAAUAUUAG